AUGUCAUACUAUGUUGAUAUUGCUACCUCAGUCGGUGAGUCGGCCAAAGAACAAGCAGCUCUUGUACGAGAAGCCUUUCAACUCUGCCUAAACAUAAUGCAAAUGUCUCGAAAAUACUCUAAACCAUCACCACUGGAAAUGGCAAAAAUCAUGCAGCCACUAUCGUUCAAGUUGUUUGAGAUAGCCGAGGUUGCAAACCGUAAUAAGUCACACAUAUUUUACCAACCACUGUUGACAAUAUCGGAUUCGGUGAGCAUCCUCUCUUGGAUUAAUAUGUCGUGCUCAGCUAUCUUUGUCAAAGAUGUGGAGAAUGCAACCAAAGUGUCCGCGAAUAGCACCACUCAGAUGUAUCGCGAGUCAAUGCCGUUGUAUGCAGAAUGGAUGCGAGCGUGGCUACGAGUAAUUGGCUCGUUGCGUGAAUUGGUGUGCGAUUUCUACCCUGUGGGAUUAAUUUGGCAGCCAUCUGGUUUUGCUCAGCCUCCACCGGCCCCUCCACGCAUAUCUGCGCCCAUGCAUUUAGAAUUGAAUUCAGACGGAGCAUCUAUCACUUCCAAUACCUCGUCGAGACCGGAGUGGAAGCGGAAGGACGGUGGAAAGAUCUUCAAUCGAGAUGCCCUCCUCAAUGACAUCGUGCGAACACGUCUUGUGCAUCUUAAACAUGUAGAGGGUUUCUCCUAUGAGUCUUAA